AUUUUUCCUUGUGGUUUUAUUGCAGCGUCAAAUAAUAAGAAUAGAAAAAUAACAGGAAUAUAUUUGUCUUCUCUAAUGGAAGUGAUAUAUUGGUGAAUUUUUUAGAUUUUUAAAAUGCCACAUCAAUAUAAAUUGACGUACUUUAACGUAAUGGGGCUCGGUGAACCUAUAAGGUUUCUUUUGAGCUAUGGAGGUCAUCAAUUUCAAGACUUCCGGGUCGAUCGUCUGAAUGAAUGGCCAAAAAUGAAACCAGACACACCGUUCGGGCAAUUACCUAUUCUAGAAAUUGAUGGUAAGCCUUACUGUCAAUCAGUGCCUAUUUGCCGCUAUUUGGCUAAACAGAUGGAUUUAAUUGGUGAAACAGACUUGGAUGCUCUGCAAAUUGAUUCGAUUGUCGAGGCGCUAUACGAAUUGAGAAAACACGUUGCGUUGUUCUAUCGAGAAUCUAAUCCUGAGAUAAAAGCUACGAGGAAAGAAGAAGUAUUGACCAAAACUUUGCCGUUUUAUUUGAACAAAUUGGAAAGUUGCGCCGAUAAUGGUUACUUUGUAAACGGAAAGUUGAGCUACGCAGAUAUAUUUUUCGCUGCGAUUCAUGACUCUCUUGUAAAUGCUUGUGGAGUAGAAAUAACCAAGGAGCAUCCGAACUUGAAGAAAAUUCGUGAAAACGUCUUGUAUAUUCCGAAAAUUAAGGAAUGGGUUGACAAGCGCCCUCAGUUAGAGUUCUAAAACACUUUUUUAUGCAAUAUUGCAAUUUUUGAACCAUUAUAAUAAAAAUAUCUUUAAAAAAGUCAUUUUUUUCAUUAAUGAAAU